AUGGCCGAGGCUUCGAAGCUCGGACUGAAAAAGAACAAGUCGAUUGUCAGUGUCUAUGGCUCCUACCAGCUGGUUCAGUUCAACCACUCGUCCCUUAUUACCACAUUCGUUGCCAACAGCAAUGCCAACACUGACAUCCGCACCUUCACAACCACCUUUCAAUUCUCUGCCAUUCAUCUGAUGUCAAACUUUUCAUACACAACCGGCUUCCCCAUCUUCUGUGUCGGGUUCACACGCGACGACGACGUUGUUCUCGCAGGCGGAGGAGGUAUAUCAAAGUCCGGAGUCAAGAACAAAAUUGCUAUUUACAAGGUCGAGACUGCAGGAAAGACGCUGAAGCCUGUGGUCGAAAGGGAGCUGAGUCGCGACGAGGAUGCCCCCAUGUCCAUCAGUGUCCACCCAACUGAAUCUGCUUUGGCCUUUGGAAUUAACAGCGCCACCAACAAGGUCGAGGCAGGAGAGAACGAGAACUGCAGGAUCUUCCAGUACUCCGAGGAGAGGAUCGAACCUGUCCACAACAAAGGAACUUUGGCGAGCAGGAACUCAGAUGACUACCAGAAAGUGACACGUUUCAACAAGGACGGAAGUGUGCUGGCUACUGGAGGAACCGAUGGUGUGAUCGCAUUGUUGAAUUACCCCUCGCUCACCCCUGUGAUUCCCAUUACCCAGUUCAAAGGACAUGAGAUUCUGGAUAUUGACUUUUCAGCAGACGGAGCACACAUCGCCGCAGUGUCUGCAAUGAACCUCUGGAUUAUUUCAGCCGAGACUGGUCGUGUCCUGGAAGUAAUCACCAACCCUGUUUUGAACAAGAAGAAACCCUUUGUCUUCAGGACUUGCCGUUUCGGCCGUGGCACCUUUUCCAACAUUCUCUACACUGUUGUUAAUGGAGACAGGAGCCAAAAGCCAUUCGUUUGUAUGUGGGACGCCACCAAAUGGACACGUAUUCGCACUCUGACCGUCGGGCCUAAGCCCAUCACAACUUGCACCAUCAGCCCGGACGGAAAAUUGAUCGCGUUCAGUUCCUCGGAUAUGGGUCUCCGGAUCUGCAGUAGCAAGUCGUUGCAGGUCUUGAUGACUGUCUCCAAUGUUCAUACUCUCCCCGUCACCUCCUUGGCAUUCAACAGCGACUCGUCCUUGCUUGUCAGUGGAUCCGUUGAUGGUACCUGUCGCGUUGUCUCUGUACCAAAAACCUUCCCCAAAAACAAUAACUUUGUGAUGUUGAUCUUGGCAUUGUUGUUCCUCUUCCUGGCCGGAUUUGUUCAUGUCUACCAGAACAACCUGAUUGCUUAA